GCUAUCACACAUGGAUUAUACUCUUUUCGCUCCUUUUUCUUUUUUUCUGCCUUAGAGGAAACUUUCUCACCAACUGUUUCCAGGUGGGACUGCUUUCUAGUGUCAGAGCCAUGGGUUGCUUGUUAAGAUGGACUGCUUUGAUUUGGACUGUAAAUGUAAUUCCUUGCACUUUUGGAAUGGCAGUGAGUGAACGAACAGAUGACUCAUGCCCCCCUCUGAGCGUAGAGGAGCACAGGUUCACUGAUGUCUUAGAUCGUCCUCUGGACAUCACAGGAUUUGAUCUCACGGAAAAGUUUCUUCUCCGAAAGGGAACGAUCACAGAAGACCUUCCGUCAUAUCGUUUAGGAAGCAGUCCUCUCAUAAAGCCAACAAAAGAAAUAUUUCCAAAUGGGCUUUCAAGUGAAUACUCCCUUGUCACCAUCUUCCGUGUAAGAAGAACCACAAAAAAAGAUCGCUGGUAUCUAUGGCAGAUAUUCGACCAAUCAGGAGACAGUCAGGUAUCUGUGGUGGUCGAUGGUGGCAAGAAGGCGGUGGAGUUUUUUUCCCGGGGCGAGCUAAAGAACGCUCUCCGCUACACGUUUAAGAGCCGUGACCUACAUGCCCUUUUUGAUCGCCAGUGGCACAAGCUGGGCAUUUCUGUCCAGAGCAACAUAGUCUCCAUUUAUUUGGACUGCAAGCUAAUAGAAAGGAGGCUGACGGAUGAGAAAGACAUUGUUGACUUCCGUGGGCGCACUCUCAUCACCACCCGAGUGGAGGAUGGACGACCUAUAGACAUUGAACUGAGACAAAUUCUCAUCUACUGUGACCCUUAUAUGGCCGAGAUGGAAAAUUGCUGUGAGCUACAGGAGCCAAAGAGUGAAGCCAACCAGACCUUUAAUGGGACGGCCCCUCCCCCGGUUGCAGCCAAGCUCCCCCAGAUGCUGUCUCUGCCUGCCGCGAAGUCAAUUGACAGAUGUCACUGUCCAGCUGAAAAGGGGGACACAGGGGAGGCCGGGCUUUCAGGAGAUCCAGGACAUGAGGGGGAACUUGGAUCAGAAGGGCAAAAGGGAAUCGAUGGGGAGAAGGCUGACAAAGACUGUUUCAAAGGAGAUCAGGGCCUCCCAGGUGACAAAGGAGAAAAGGGUGUGGCGGGGGUCCCAGGGGAGCCAGGAAAAGAGGGCAAAAGGGUGAGUAAACAGAAACAGUCCACCAGUUGUGUCGCCUGA